GCGGGGCAAAUUUAAUUAAGGAAAGGAAAGAUUUUGAUGAUCUACGGAGGAGCGGCUUCCUCACCAUUUAUUAUUAGCAGCUGAAAGCUGACGAGGAGGAAGCUGAAAUGGCAGCAAGAGGUUCUCUCCCGGCCAGCUGCUCCUCCGCUCUGCUUAUUAUUGUGAUGGCUUGUGCUCUUCUUUUAUCCAGCAGCAGCAGCAGCAGCAGCAGCAGCAGCAGCACCAGCAGCUCCUCGGCUGCCAUCAUGACUUCAUCGUCCCAGCCCACCAUGCUGGCCCUCCGGAAGGAGCUGAUGCUGGCGGACUGGGACCCCACCGCCGCUCCAGACUGCUGCUCCUGGCGCGGCGUCACCUGCGGCGACGGAUCCGUCGUCGAAGGCCUCGACCUCCCCCGCCGCAACCUCCGAGGUAACAUCUCCCUCGUCUCCGCCCUCUCCUCGCUGAAGCGCCUCGAUCUCUCCUCCAACUCCUUCCGGGGGCCCAUCCCCGCCUCUCUCGGCGGAGCUCUCCCCUCCCUCGAGUUCCUCGACCUGUCCAUGAACCGAUUCCAGGGCCCCAUCCCUCCCUCCUUGGGCGACCUCCGGAGCCUCAAGUCGCUCAAUCUUUCUAACAACUUUCUCUCGGGCGAAAUGCCCGACGAGCUCGCCAAGUUGGAGAGACUGCAGGAGCUUCACAUUUCCGGGAACAAUCUGACCGGCUCGGUGCCUGAUUGGGUAGGGAAUUUAACCCAUCUCAGAGUGUUUUCUGCGUACGAGAAUAGCUUGAGUGGUGUUAUUCCUAAAAAUCUCGGAUCGAUUUCGCAACUUGAGGUGCUCAAUCUGCACUCCAACCAGCUGCGAGGAGAAAUACCGGAGAGCAUCUUCGCAUCUGGGCGUCUGCAAAUCUUGAUUCUCACUCUGAACGGGUUGAACGGCAGCAUUCCCGAGUCGAUCGGGAAGUGCAAGUUCCUCUCGAAUCUCCGUAUCGGAAACAAUCGGCUCAUCGGCCCCGUUCCCCCGUCGAUCGGCAAUGUGGGUGGCAGCCUUACCUACUUCGAGGCCGACAACAAUCACCUCCGGGGCGAGAUUGUUCCCGAGUUUGCACAGUGCUCGAACCUCACCCUUUUGAACUUGGCGUCCAACGGGUUCACGGGGACCCUUCCCGAGAAGCUCGGGGACCUCAAGAAUCUCCAAGAACUCAUUGUCUCGAGUAAUAAUCUAUCCGGCGAAUUCCCAAAGUCGAUCCUGAAAUGCAGGAGUCUUAGCAAGCUCGACCUGAGCGGCAACAAAUUCAGCGGAAGCUUACCUGAGACCCUUUGUAACAUGUCGAGGCUGCAAUUUCUACUGCUCGAUCAUAAUUUUCUCAGCGGUGAGAUACCUCCGGGAAUCGGAAGCUGUGGGAGAUUGCUCGAGCUUCAGAUGGGUAGUAACUUUCUUAGCGGCAGUAUCCCACCUGAGAUCGGCAGGAUUAGGAAUCUACAGAUCACGCUGAAUCUCAGCUUUAAUCAUCUUCGUGGACCGUUGCCUCGGGAACUUGGCAAGCUCGACAAGUUGGUUUCACUGGAUGUGUCGAAUAAUCAGAUUUCCGGAGAAAUCCCCGCGGAGCUCAAAGGUAUGAUGAGCUUGAUAGAGGUUGAUUUCUCGAACAAUCAAUUGCGUGGCCAAAUACCGGCGUUUAGCCCGUUCCAGAAGAGCCCCCCGUCGAGCUUUGCAGGCAAUAAGGAGCUCUGCGGUGAUCCACUGAAUUCCAACUGUGGUGCCGACACUAAUUAUGGGGCAGACCACCAUAAGGUGUCUUACAAGAUAAUACUAGCUGUAGUUGGCUCCGGUCUAGCUGUGUUCGCUGCAGUAUCAGUUGUUGUCGGUUUGUUUAUGUUAAGGGAGAAACAAGAGUCGGAUGCAAAGGCUACUAUGGUUGCGGGAGUAGUAGUUGUGGCACCUCAGAUAGUGGCUGGAAAUGUGUUUGUCGAUAGCUUGAAGCAGGCCGUAGAUUUCGAUAGUAUAGUGAAAGAAACCCUGAGGGAUUCAAACAAGAUAAGCAAUGGGACAUUUAGUAGUAAUUAUAAGGCAGUCAUGCCGUCGGGUCUGCUGCUCUCGGUAAAAAAGCUUAAAUCAGUGGAUCGAACGGUUGUUCAUUAUCAAAACAAGAUGAUAAGGGAGCUUGAGAGAUUUUCCAACCUUAGCCAUGCAAAUCUAAUGAGGCCUAUCGGGUACGUGAUAUAUGAAGAUGUUGCUUUGCUGCUUCACCGCCAUAUGUCUAAUGGAACACUUGCACAACUUCUUCAUGAGAAGGCCGCUACUGCUGAAUACGAGCCAGAUUGGCCACGGAGGCUGUCGAUCGCUGUUGGAGUUGCGGAAGGAUUAGCUUUCCUUCACCACAUUGCUAUCAUUCAUUUAGAUAUCUCCUCGGGUAAUAUCUUCCUCGACUCCAAUUUCAGUGCUCUCAUAGGGGAGAUAGAGAUAUCUAAGCUUAUAGACCCAUCAAAAGGAACUGCCAGUAUCAGCGCAGUCGCAGGAUCAUUCGGUUAUAUCCCUCCAGAGUAUGCCUAUACAAUGCAAGUAACAGUACCAGGGAAUGUGUACAGCUUCGGCGUAGUAUUGCUUGAGAUCUUAACUUCCCGGUUGCCGGCCGACGAGGGAUUUGGCGAAGGGAUAGAUUUGGUGAAAUGGGUUCACAGUGCAUCAGUGAGAGGGGAGACACCAGAGCAGAUAAUGGAUGCGAGGCUCAGCACGGUAUCCUUUGCUUGGAGGACACAAAUGCUGGCGGUGCUGAAGGUCGCAUUACUCUGUACUGAUAGAGCCCCAGCAAAACGGCCUAAGAUGAAGAAAGUAGUGGAGAUGCUCCUUGAAGUCAAGGGAAAUCAAUAAAACUUAAUAUUAAGAUAGCUUCAAAGGAGAAAUGGAUUACUAUGGAACUUGUUGUAUGGUACAUAUUACAAAUAGUGGCCGGAAGCCGGUCGAGUGUAGUGGAUGGAAUUUGUUAGUUAUGUUUCUGAAGAAGAAGAAUGAUGCCAGAUCUUCUGAAAGCUGUUUUAUGCGCUUAAACUGGGUUGCUAUUAUGAAUGAUUCAGCUGUAGAGUUGAUGGUGGGUUGUUGUAUCCUGCAAUCCUUGUCUAAGAAACUCUUUUAUAGCCAAGUGGGUGUAAAAUGAGGUUUUCUUUGUAUUAGGUGGAGAUCUCAGUUGUCUAGAGAGGAGCCUGCUUUCUUUGCUGAAUCUCCACUGUACAAAUUAAAAAAUCCAAGAUGUUGUGCUGA